CUGUCCCCCUCCCUGUCCUCCGUUCCACCCUCCCUCUUCCCUCCGCCCGGAGGUUCCCGGGUCCCCGGCGCCGCCUACUCUCUUCCCGGCUCCGGGCUCCCGCUACAGCACCUGCCCGGGGGAAGGAAAGACUGGGGGGUUGGGCAGAAGAGAGAGAGAGGAGGGAAAAGACCCCUGCUCGGCCCAGCGCUGUGUACUGGAGGCAGGAGGGAAAAGAGGAGAAGGAGAAGGGAGUGGGGGGGAGGGAGGAGCGGCCCGGCCUGGGGCCUUGAGGCCCGGGGAGAGGCGGGGAGCUGGGCCAGGGAAAGAGCCGGGUGAGCUGGGCCAAAGCGCCGAGCAGCAGCCAGGGAAACACUGUAGGACCUAGGAGGGGAAUGAAAGACAGAGCCGCACCCCGUCCGGUCCGCUUCCAGUGAGGUUCAAUUCUGUCCUAACCCGGGUGCCUCUUAUCCAGAUGCUGCUGCUGCUGCUACUGCCUCUCCUCCUUCCCUUGGGUUCUGAUGGGGCCCAGAACUCCAACACAACCUCAGAAGGCUGCCAAAUCAUACACCCACCAUGGGAAGGGGGGAUCCGCUACAGGGGCCUGACCCGAGAUCAGGUUCGGGCAAUCAACUUCCUGCCCGUUGACUAUGAGAUUGAGUAUGUGUGCCGGGGGGAUCGUGAGGUUGUGGGGCCCAAGGUUCGAAAGUGUCUCUCCAAUGGUUCUUGGACAGAUAUGGACAUGCCAAGCCGGUGUGUACGUACCUGUUCCAAGUCUUAUCUGACACUGGAUAAUGGGACAGCUUUCCUCAGGGGAGGGAACCGUCCAGCCCUGGAUGGUGCCUGGGUGGAUUUCAGAUGUGACCCUGGUUUCCAUCUAGUGGGAAGUUCCCGAAGCAUCUGUGUCCGGGGACAGUGGGACACCCCGAAGCCCUCCUGCCAGGUGAAGAGAACCACAUACACAGCCCCCUCCUCAGGCCGGCGCGCCGUCUAUAUCGGGGCGCUGUUCCCCAUGAGCGGGGGCUGGCCUGGGGGCCAGGCCUGCCAGCCGGCGGUGGAGAUGGCGCUGGAGGACGUGAACAGCCGCAGGGACAUCCUGCCCGACUACGAGCUCAAGCUCAUCCACCACGACAGCAAGUGUGAUCCUGGACAAGCCACCAAGUACCUAUAUGAACUGCUCUACAAUGAUCCCAUCAAGAUAAUCCUCUUGCCAGGCUGCAGCUCUGUCUCCACCCUUGUAGCAGAGGCUGCCAGGAUGUGGAACCUCAUUGUGCUUUCUUAUGGUUCAAGCUCACCAGCCCUGUCAAACCGGCAGCGUUUUCCUACUUUUUUUCGAACUCAUCCAUCAGCUACCCUCCAUAAUCCUACCCGAGUGAAGCUCUUUGAAAAGUGGGGCUGGAAGAAGAUUGCCACCAUUCAGCAGACCACUGAGGUUUUCACUUCGACUUUGGAUGAUCUAGAGGAACGAGUGAAGGAAGCAGGAAUUGAGAUUACUUUUCGUCAGAGCUUCUUUUCUGAUCCAGCCGUGCCAGUCAAGAACCUUAAGCGCCAGGAUGCUCGCAUCAUCGUGGGACUUUUCUAUGAAACUGAAGCUCGUAAAGUUUUCUGUGAGGUUUACAAGGAGCGUCUCUUUGGGAAGAAGUAUGUCUGGUUUCUCAUUGGCUGGUAUGCAGAUAACUGGUUCAGAACCCCAGACCCAGCCAUCAACUGCACUGAGCAAGAGAUGGCUGAAGCUGUAGAGGGACAUGUCACCACAGAGAUCGUUAUGUUAAACCCUGAGAAUACUCGUGGUAUCUCUAACAUGACAUCCCAGGAGUUUGUGCAAAAACUGACUCAGCGGUUGGGCAGCAAGAAAGCUGAGGAGACUGGUGGUUUUCAGGAGGCACCCCUGGCUUAUGAUGCCAUCUGGGCUUUGGCUUUAGCAUUGAAUAAGACAUCAGGGGGCAGUGGUGUUCAUUCAAGUGGAGGGGUACGACUGGAGGACUUCAACUAUAACAACCAGACCAUUACAGACCAGAUCUACCGGGCGAUGAACUCCUCAUCAUUUGAAGGAGUUUCUGGCCAUGUGGUAUUUGAUGCUAGUGGUUCUAGGAUGGCACGGACUCUCAUUGAACAGCUACAGGGUGGAAAAUACAUGCAGAUUGGUUACUAUGAUAGCACCAAGGAUGACCUCCACUGGUUGGGUGCUGACAAGUGGAUUGGAGGGUCCCCCCCAGCUGACCAAACCCUGGUCAUCAAGACAUUUCGCUUCCUGUCCCAGAAGCUCUUUAUCUCAGUCUCAGUACUAUCCAGUUUGGGCAUCGUGCUGGCCAUCGUUUGUCUAUCCUUUAACAUCUACAACUCUCAUGUCCGGUAUAUCCAGAACUCACAGCCAAACCUGAACAAUCUGACUGCAGUGGGCUGCUCCUUGGCUCUAGCUGCUGUCUUCCCACUUGGGCUAGAUGGCCACCACAUUAGGCAAGGCCACUUUCCGUUUGUUUGUCAGGCCCGACUCUGGCUUUUAGGUCUGGGCUUCAGUCUAGGCUAUGGCUCCAUGUUCACUAAGAUCUGGUGGGUCCACACAGUAUUCACAAAGAAAGAAGAGAAAAAGGAAAGAAGGAAGACUCUAGAAUCCUGGAAACUUUAUGCUACAGUGGGGCUGCUGGUGGGACUGGAUGUUUUCACACUGGCUAUUUGGCAGAUUGUGGAUCCCUUACAUCGAACUAUUGAGUCUUUCACCAAGGAGGAGCCAAAGCAAGAUAUUGAUAUCUCCAUUCUACCCCAGCUGGAGCACUGCAGCUCCAAGAAGAUGAAUACUUGGCUCGGUAUCUUCUAUGGGUAUAAGGGACUGUUGCUGCUGCUUGGGAUUUUCCUUGCCUAUGAGACUAAGAGUGUCUCCACUGAGAAAAUCAAUGACCACCGUGCUGUUGGCAUGGCAAUCUACAAUGUGGCGGUAUUAUGUCUCAUCACUGCCCCAGUCACUAUGAUCCUAUCCAGUCAGCAGGAUGCUGCUUUUGCCUUUGCUUCUCUUGCCAUUGUAUUUUCCUCCUACAUUACCUUAGUUGUGCUUUUUGUGCCCAAGAUGCGGAGGCUGAUCACCAGAGGAGAGUGGCAGUCUGAAGCCCAAGACACCAUGAAGACAGGCUCAUCUACUAAUAACAAUGAGGAAGAGAAGUCACGACUCCUAGAGAAAGAGAACCGGGAGCUAGAGAAGAUUAUUGCUGAGAAAGAGGAACGUGUCUCUGAACUUCGCCAUCAGCUCCAGUCUCGGCAGCAACUUCGUUCACGGCGUCACCCCCCAACUCCUCCAGACCCUUCAGGGGGCCUUCCUCGGGGUACCUCUGAACCACCCGACCGGCUCAGCUGUGAUGGGAGUCGGGUCCAUUUGCUCUAUAAGUGAGGGAAUGGUAGUGAGGGGAAGGAAGUAGAUAAGGGCUUUUUUGGGGGGGAGGUGGGGGGUGGGAAGUGGGGAAAGAUUUGGAGAAUUUUGGGGAGAAGCCCUCAUCCCCAGGGGACAGGAAUGGGCUUUCUAAUCCCACUGCUGUCUGUCUGUCUCUCCUAGGGUGGCUUGGGUUUCCAGUACUCUGAGAAACAAACCUCUUUCCUUAUACCCACACAUCUUCAUGUUCCGGCUUUAUUACCUCAGCUCUAAUUGCUCUUGGUCAUCUCUUGACGUACACUUACUCAUCACUGCCAUCUCCUAUCUUCUUGUGACUCACAUCUAACUCUAUCUCCCAUCCACUUAGCUCAUCUAAUUCAUACUUAUUGUGUCCUCUAGACCCCUCCUCCCACAUGUUUUGUACCUUUCUAUACUCUCAUACACUCAGAGUUCUCCCCACUCCAUAAACAUUAUGUUUUUUCCUUCCUUCUUGCAUUUUUUCUCCAGUAUUGGGCCAUUCCUAUGCUAAAUUUAGCACCUUUGUGUUCUCUCACUCUUCUCCCUUCUCCCUCCACAUGCAUUCAGGCUCUCCCAUUUACCCUUUUUACUUUGUCCACGUUCUUUUCUUUGCUCAGGCUUAUUUGCUCAUUGCCUCUGGCUUAUUCUUGCCCUUGUUCAUCAUUGUAUGUGUACUCUCCUCACACAUAUAAGUAUGUUCACAAACAUACUUGGUUUGCAUUCAAUUCAACAAGUGUAUUUUAAGGAUUUAAUAUGUGCUCGGCACAGGGAAAGAUGAAAAACCACCUAGUUCCUGUCCUUGUGGAGAUUACAGUCUAGUAGACAUUAGUUAUGUUAACAAUCAGUUUUAAUACAAGUUAGAGUAUUAGAAAUUCAUAGGAAAGGUCAGGGUGACAUGAACAAUUGAAGUAUCAUUUGUAGUUAGAGAUGUCCAGCAAAUCAGAGAAACAGUAUGAUAUAGUGCAUAGGGAGCUCACCUUGAAACCAGGAAGACCUGGAUUCAAGUCCUGACUCUGACACACAAUAGCUAUGUACUCUGGCCAACCCUCUAAGAACAUAAGUGGCAGAGAAGGUGCCAACCUGCAUUGAUGGAGUUUCCUCAUCUGAGAGUCCCCUAUACCAAGAAAGUCACAGGUUUGGUCCUUAUCCCUAUGCUCAGCCUUACAUAUGUGCUCUUGUAUAUGCCUAUGGUUAUGUGUGCAUUCUCACAUUCUCAUGGUCAUGUGUGCUUUUACAUACACCCCAUCUGCAAGUGCUAUAACCAGUGCUUUCCCUACACAUACUCAGUCACCUCUGUAUUCUUUGCACUUUUAUAGCCACAUGUUCACUUUUCCUAUAUAUUCUCAUUCAUAAACUCAUGUGCCCCUGCUACACAUUCCUUGCUCAUGUUGAUGGAUAGUAAAUCCAUGCUUCCUCUUGCCCAUAUCCAAACCCAUUCUAUAACCACAGUUUUUCUCCCCUCACAUGAUACUCUCCUUCCUCUAGUCACAACCACUUAGCACUUAGUCCAUAUUCAUAUCUUUCCUCCCUGUGAUCCUUCCCUUCUGACACAACUCCCUUGGGCUUAGGUUUUAGGGAGAAUUGAGGGAGAAGGCAUGGGGGCGGCACAAUUAAGCUACUUCUAGUGGCUAUCGAGCAAGCAGCCUUGAUCUGAAGGAGGAAUGCCUUCGACAACUAGGAAAAACAGACGGACAUAUUGGGCAUGGAUAUUUCCUCAUAUUGUGGUGUCUUCUGGGGAAGAUUCUCCUAGGCCUUCAAUAAACCAGAGAUCAAUGUGAUACAUGGCAUCUCUUCCUUCCUCUGUUGUUGAGAAAGGAGCAAAUACUUCUUUAUCUUGGAGAAUAUUGAAGGAAUAACUUAAAUUUAUGAAUCAACAAAGAGAUAUUGAACAGGGAUUUUUUUUGGGGGGUGGGGAGGGUGGUAGUCAGCUGCUGUUUAGAAUCAUUGAAAGGAAGGACCCCUUAAUAGAAAUAAUCUCUACCUCCUGAAGCAUGUUUCCAUCACAGUUUGAGAAGUUUCCUCUGCACUUUAAAUACAAUGAGAACAUCUAUAGGAGAUGAGUGAAAUGGCAUAUGGGAUCCUUUAGCAGUAGGAGCCUUUGAACACUGUUUCCUAGGAAAAAAAUAUUUGAAGGCAGUGAAAUAAAGCUUUUAUUAUUUAAUGACCAAAAAAUAAGACUGUACUGCUUAGAUUUUUUUGUUUCCUGUUAUCUCCCAGGCAUUCAUUCUUUGUAGUGAGGUAUCUCUUGGCCCUUACUUUUCUUGUUCCAGAACUUAAGAUUUAUUGCUUCUGCCUGACCACAUAACUUGGUGAAGUGCUUGCUGCCUGAAAUACUAUUUAAAGCUAAAGAGGAUUAAUGAUUUCCUAUUCUCUAUAUUGUUAUAAAGACAGAAGGAACCUAGAUAGUUGAAAUCUGCUGAAUCCAAUCUUCUGAUACAACUUCAAUGGAGAAGGCAAGGAGGAAGAAAAUAACUAUGGCCUGGAUAAUUCCUGUUAGGCAAGGUACAGAAAGGGAAGUGGCUUACCACUGACCUCAUGCAAAAAUUAAAAAGUGUGAAGAUGAAGUUUUUUCAGUAGCUGUGCUCACAAAGGGGAAAUCAGAGUCUUCCUUUGCAUGAGUGGUGGCACUGGGGGACUUAGUAGUGGAACAGGGUCUGGUAGAAUGAGAAUACAUUGGCUUCAGAAUAGUAGUUAGGAAGAUUUUUCUCCCUCCCACCCUUCACUCUGGGAAAGAGUUAUAUAACCAUGGAGCCUUCAAGUUGGAAGGGACCAUAGCAACUCUCUAUUGCAACCCUUUCCUCCAAAGGAAUUCCUGCUGCAUUCAUGCACUUCCUAAAGACCUCCAAUGCAGUGAAUCCAACUCCCUCCCAAGAGAGCCCAAUCUACUUGUGGACAGAUCUAAUCAUUAGGAAAUUUCUCCUGAUAUCAAGUACAAAUGGACCUCCUUGCAGUUCUUCUCAUUCUGCUUUCUAGGGUCUAAUAUCUCCUCCUCAUGACCGCUCUUCAGAUAUUUAGGAUCAUUGCUGUAGGACCAGAAGGGAGCCAUCUAGUCCAACCUCUUUUUAGAGAGGAGGUAAUUGAGACCAAGUGAGGUUAUUAAUUGUUUAAAGUUACACAGGUAAUAAAUAUCAGGUGAUGUCACUCCAGAGUUAGUGCUCUUUCUCAUGUACUCCUGAACAUAACUCUCAUGUCUCUGCUCCUUCCUCCCACCCCCACAAUCUUCUCUAGACUAGAUAUUCCUAGUUUCUUCAACUGAACCCCAUGUGGUAGAAUCAAGACCCUUUAUUACCCUGAGCUCCCUCAUAUGGAUGCUCUUGGGCAUAAUUACCAAUGAUCUUCCUAAACAGAUACAGAACAAUACUACAGAUGUCAUCUGACCAUAGCAAAGCACUGUGGGACUAGCACUUGUUGCAGGAAGUUAUGUUUUUCUUAAUGUACCUCAAGAUGGCAUAUCACAUUGUUGAAUUAUACUGAACUUUCAAUGUACCAAAACCCCAAGAUUUUUUUUUCCAGACCAACUAGUAUCUAAACAUGUCUCCCUCAUCUUGUGCUUAUGAAGUUGAUUUUUUGAACCUAAGUGCAAGACAUUACAUUAUUAAAUUUCCUCUUACAUGAUUCAA